AUGUCAUCAAAAUUAAAAUUCAAAAUAAUUCUCCUCAACCUUAUAAUCCUUUUAACUUUUUAUCCAUUAGCAAGUUAUUCUCAAGCAGUAAAAGCACCACCAUGCCUUCCACUUACUAACACAGUAACAUGUCCCGCUUUCUCACAAUACUAUAUAUCCUCAGCUUCUUCACAAUCAUUACCGUCCUUUCAAAACUCAAGUGGAGCUAUUUUUGAUACAAAUUUUGAUUGGCUAUUGAAUGCAGAAAAUAUAACCAUAUUUGAUGAAUUAAUUAUGAAUUAUGUAAAUACUCAAUAUAUUAAGUGGAAAUAUAAAGACGAUGCAAAUUCUUCUUUAAAUGCGGAAAUGUGCUCUUCUGAAAUAGCAUCAAGCUUUACUGUCUAUGCAAGGUAUACUCUGACAACAAUUUGUGCAUACCUUGUGCAAGGACCUCAAAGUAAAAUAUGUAAUAAUUCUUCGUUAAAAGAAAGGAAAUUGUGUAAACGAACUUGUAAAGAUCAUCUAGCAUCUUUACUAGAAAUAUCUUACAGUCCUAACGUUUGCACUACUGAGAUAAUUUUUAAUAUUGAUGAGAAAUUGGAAGAUUUGAAUAGAUGGUGUGAAAAUCCUCAAAAUUCCGCUGACGACUCUGAAAAUUGUAUCUCUGGAGAAGAAAAUGAAUUAGUUAAUUGUGGAUUUCAGUUUGAUACAAAUGGAUUAUGCUCAUAUUGCAAAAGCGAUAACUCAAAUUCGUGUUGUGACACGGCUAAAGAUAUAUUAGAAUGUUUUCAGAAUGCACCAUCGGUAAGCGAUUCUGCACCGACAAUCUUAACGCCAUCAAAUUUGCCUAACAACGCAUCAGGUAUAGAAGCAUUUGAUGGCAAAAGUAAUAAUGCGAGCAGAUUAGCACUAGUGUUGGGUACAAUAGUAGGAGGUUGUUUAGUAUUGGGUGUCAUUAUAUUUUGUUGUGUAAAAAAACGACACGGAAAAGGAGAUAGAAGCAGUUUUUUUGCAACUCCAUAUUUUUAUUUCAGACCUCCAAAUGUUGAUGGUCAUAAUCAAUACGGAGCAUCAACGGAAAUGAUUGGAAGACGUUCGCAUAGUAGCGUAACGCCCAAUACUCCUUCAAAUACUGGUACUGGAAGUUUAUUAUCAAACAUAAGUGCUGAAGGUGUUGAUUUGGCUAUGAGUGGAACUAAUAACAAUUCUCAUUAUGAUAAUAAUAUGUAUAAUAAUACAGGAAAUAGAAAUAUAGGAUUUAAUUUAAAUGUAAAUAACUAUAAUCCAAAUGUAACUUUAAGUAUACCUACGCCUUCGCCUCCUUUAACGGGAACAGCAAAUUCAUCAACUACAUCAAUUCGACAUAUAUCCUCACCUAACUCCGAUUCUGGUGUAAGAGAAGAAGUGAGUUUAGUAGUUGUGCUAUUUCCUUAUUCAGCACAAUUACCUGAUGAAUUGGAAUUAUCUUUAAAUGAUAUAAUAGAAGUUAAGCAAAGAUUUGAUGAUGGAUGGGCUGUAGGGAUAAAUAGGAGUACAGGAAGUGAAGGUGCUUUUCCUAAUGUUUGUGUUGCAGAAUUCGUUGGUAAUGUUGGUGAUGAUAAUACACCCCCCACUUCUGCUGAAUAUAAUAAUACUAUCGGAAACGGAAGUGAAAGUGCAAGUCGGAGUAUAAGUAUAGCAAUAGCAGGUGAACCACCAUAUACGACUGAUUCGACUUUAGAUGAUAUUAAUAAUGGAAGUGAUAAUCUGGAAAGCAGAGAAGGUGGUGGAUUAAUGGUCUUUGGAGAAAGUCCGGCAUCUAGUCAAUUAUCAGAUGAGAGAUCAAGACAAAGUUUGAAUAAUAGCGUUGAAAAUCUACCAAGAAGAUAUUCUAGUAUGAGAAGGAUGGACGAAAAUGAGAGCGAAUUAGGCGAUAUCGGUGAAGUUAGACAAGUUAGAAGUAAUAGAGAUAAUGAUAAUUAUAUUGAAGGAUUUGAUGGCGCAAGGGAUAGUUUUUCCUAG